AAAACGAAAAAAACAAAGAUAACUAAAAGAGGGGAUCGUGUUAGGAAAUCUCAUCACCCAGGUGACGAAGGAGAUAAGAUAAUCUACUUUAGGUUUGAGGAUUAUUCAAAUAAUGAUUUUAAAAAUAUUUCCCUUCUGUUUUCAAAAGAAGAAACCGAGAUUAGUUCGAGAAAUUUCUAAAUGUUUAGCUAUGGCACGUGUAAUUGGUGGAAAUACUGGUUCCAAAUCUCUUCAACCUUCUUGUAAUGUGUUCCGAUUUAAAUGGAUUAUUCAAAACUAUUCCUUUUGUUUUAGGAACACUAACUCAGCUUUGAUCAGUCCCAGUUUUAAAAUUUCUGGGAUAAAUGGUAUGAAAUGGAACCUUAAGUUGUAUCCAAGGCAGGAAGAUGAAAGUGCAAAAUUUGUGGGACUUUAUUUACAAGAAGACAGGAAGGACGAAACAAUAAGAGAUAGGGCGGAUUUUUCGAAAUGGAAAAGAGAGUUUAAAUUUGACGUGAAACUAGAUCUUAUUGCUACAAGUGGUAUCUUAAUAAAAACACGUAAAUAUCGUGAUCUAGAAUUUAAAAACCAAUGGGUUUUUUUUGUAUGGGGAUCUUCUCAUUUUGCCAAAAUAGAAGACAUAGAAAAAGAUGCAAAGUCUAGUUCUGAAGAUGUUUUAACCAUUUGUUGUUACGUAAGUAGUAAAAAUUUUGUUACCCCAAUUUUGACCGGAUAUUUAUGCCGCACUACGAUAAGCGUUGACCGAUUAACUUCCAGAUUCAAUUUGCAAUUCACUCUCGGCAGGUUGAAUAUCACGAGGCAAAAAUUAAACUUUCCAAAAAUUGCAAAUUUUGAAAUGGUUAUUUAUGAAACUAAUGUACUGAUGAGUGAUGAAACUGAUCUACGAAUCGAUAUUUAUUACGAUAAAUCGAAGGUGGAAGAUUGCAAAGGAUAUAUCGUUGAUUGCAAGCUUACUAUGCAAGAUGGAACUUCUGUCAUAUGUUUUGAAAGAGCUAAGCAUUGCUUCGAUCAUUUCCCGAGUACAUGGUCAUUUCCAUCCGGAGUAUUUUCUUGCGAAUUGCAAAACUUCAGAGAUAAUUACGUUGAAGAUAAAAAGUUCGUUUUGUUCUGUGACGUCAUGUGUUCGACUAACAAAGAGACGCACUUUACUACAACUGAAUCAAUUUCAAAUGAUAUUAAUAAUUCUAUAGCAAAUGAUGCAAAUAAUCACCCUACCUUAAAAGGAGAGAUACUGAAGUCGGAAUGCAAAGUUGAAAACAAAAACUGCUAUGAUACAAAAUUAGUGGUUAAUAACCAAGUUGAUGAAGAUCAUAAAGCUCUAUCGUUUACUGAAUCACCAGUUUCUGAAGUAAAGUUUAAACAAAGAAUCCAGGAAGUUAUUGCGGGAAUAGGCAAUUGGAACUCAUUUUUGGAAAAUCUAUGUACUAAUGAAAUGAAAUCUAAUGAAAAAAAAAUUGAAUGCGAGCAAGUUAUAGCUCUUUUUACAGCAGCUGACAAGUGCUGUGAACUAUCAUUAUCUCUUAAGCAAAAGUGUCUUGCUUCUUUAAAGUCUGAAAUAUGUGAGGAAAAUGUCUGCGAGCUACUAAGUCUAGUUCAAGAAGAUACUGAACUAAAAUCAACCGCAAUGAAUUUUAUACUUGCUAAUUCGGAUAAAAUUUUGUCUUCGCCGCAAUGGCUAUUGUGGUUAAAAAACAAUAUGGAAUUAGCGUCCGAUGUUGUGUCAAAAAUAUCUGCAAACUUGCGUGCUUCGCAAAUCGCAGGACAGG